AUGGAAUACAUAUAUGGACUGCCACCACCUCCGCCUUCUUCAAAUAAUGGAAAUGCUAAAAAGGACAACAACAACAAUCAUAUGAAGCCAGGAAAGAACCAGAACAACAGGAGACAACAACAAAAUAACAAUAAGCAAAAUAGUCGACCAAAUCCCCAGAAUCAAGCUUAUUUAGAUCUACCAACCCAUCUACCGAACGAAGUACCCAAACAACAGCCUGCCCUGGUACAUGAACAAGGAGAGGUCAUUGAUGAAGUGAACCAAACUGAAGCCGCCAAAGAAGUUGUUCCUGUGUUUGGUACCAACAUUGUUCUCAAAACAGAGGAAGAUAUCGAAGAAUGGGUCAAACAGAGAAAGUUGAAUUGGAUGAAGAAAAUUUCCAACUCAAGGCCUGAACCAGAAUCUAAACCAGCACCAGCUACGUCUAAUCAACCACCCAAAAGAACUCAAAGAACAUCAGACCCUCGUUUGAACCGAAAUCAAACUAGAGUGCAGAAACCACAACAUAAAAACAACCACAACAGCAACAAGACCAACUUGAACAACCUGAUAAUACAAAGAGAGAUUCAACACGAGAACAAGGCCAUUCUGGACGUGAUUAAAGAGCUUUUUGAAGUACAAAUACUGAAGGAAUAA